GUGAAACACACAAAAUUGGAAACAAACUUAAUUUACAUCUUCUUCUCCUAAAGGGUUUCAUUCAUAUUCCUCCUCAAUCUCCUUCUUUAUCCCCUUCCCUUCAACUCUGCAAUCUCCCUCUCCUCCGUUCCAAUGAAACCAGGAUUCAUCUGAUUCGAUUCAUUUUCACACCCCCUUCCUUUUCCCCAAUCCCUCUACCCAAAUUCGAUUACCAAUUAUAAUGAAUCCAAUCUUCGUUGUUCACAACCUUCGCGUUUUCGGUCCCGGCUUGAAUCCCUUUGCACCUUAUUGUUUGUCCAAUCAUUCCCGCCAGACUCGUUAAUUCUCUCUCUGAGUUAAACAACCUCUUUGCUUCUAAUUUCAAAACCCUUUCUCUUGAAUUUCAUGUAAAAAAGAGUCUUUUUCAGAUUCAGCUUUUGUUUGAACGGAGGUUUCAAUUCAAUACACUUUGGGAAUCUAGGGUUUGGGUCUUUUUUUUUUUUUUUUUUAAUUUGUAUUAUUUCGAUUAUCAUAAUUUCUGUGGUUUCUGUGAGAGAAGACAUGCUUCAGGAGAGGCCAAUUUCGUUGCGACAAAGUUCUUCGAGAAGGAGGUUGUUGAGGCCUGGGGUUGAUACUGAUGAUAGAGGUUGGACCUCACUUCAUGUUUAUGCAAGGAAAGGUGAUAUUAAGCUAGUAAAAAGGCUUCUCAACGAAGGAAUGGAUGUUAAUGUGACUGCAUGGGGCCCUAAAUCUAAAGGUGUGACCCCUCUCCACCUUGCUGCCGAAGGUGGUCAUCUUGGAGUGAUGGAUGAACUGCUUGAGCGUGGUGCCAAUAUCGAUGCCAGAACUAAGGGUGCUUGUGGCUGGACACCGCUCCAUAUUGCAGCUAAAGAGAGGAAUAGGGAUGCUGUGAAAUUCUUGGUAGAGAAUGGAGCAUUCUUGCCACCGGAUAUCAAUGAUAGCAGAUUUAAUCCUCCUCUUCAUUAUUGCCCAGGACUUGAAUGGGCCUAUGAGGAAAUGAAGAGACUUCGACAGGAAGAAUUAUCUCCGGAGGACACAUCUUGCAGCUCUGAAAAUUAAUCUUCAUUUCAGUGAUUUGAUUGAUGUUUGGCUCUUAUGUGUGAAUUGAUGUAGACCUGAAAUAAACAACUUACUAUGCAUAAGUUGCAUUUAGUAUGAUGAGAUGUAUUAUUGUUCGAAUAUGUUGGUCGGAAACAGUGAUGCAACAUUGUUUAUGUGUAAUCAUUUAUUCACGGUGUGCACCAUGCUUUGUUCCCAGGUGUGGAAUUACCAUUGUUUUGGACUUGUUUUUUGUUACGAACAAUGUUACAGUCGUGCAAUUUUAAGGUGUCUUUGGUUUGAGUA